AUGCCAAUCUUGUCGUACAGAUUGCACAUCAACUUGAAAAAAGCUCACGAUGCAGUUGUGGUUAGAAGUGAUGGAAAGGCAGCCUCAGCAACACCUCCCCCACAAUCUUCCUCACAUUCAUCUCCACCACCAGAAUCAAUUGGCAACCAAGUAAAAGUUGUUAAAAUAAAACAUGAAACAUUGAUUGAUAACACCGAUAGAUUAGGCGAUACCAAAUACUUAACUGUUGGCGCUAAUGACAAAAAACAGCAAUCGCAACAAAUCACGUCAUCAACAAAAGCAAAUAAAAUCGAGAUGGUAUCGAACCACAGUGGUAAAAUAAAAAAGAAUGAGGAAGGUCUGAUGAAACACGAAGAAAUGUCAAACGGUUCACACAGGAAUGUGCUAAACGCGGAAUUGAUUGAAGACCACACCACUUCCAAGUUGCAGGGGCUUCCAACGUUUGGUGGAAUGGCACCGCCUGCUCCCUCCUCCUCGGUGCUUGAAGAGCCUCAGAUUCUGCUGAGCAGCAACGUCAGAUCUGAUGUAUCAUCAUCUACUAUUGUUAAGGAAGAUUCAGAGUCGUCUUCCUCACCGCUAUCGCCAAAUCAGACAAUGCUGGUCACUAUGGCAACAUUGGAACGUGCUUCUAAAAGGUUAUCAGAAACUCGUGUGAAUCAGCAGCAACAGCGCCAAGAUGUACUUCACUACGAAGUUGUCAUAUCAUCAGAAAAAAUGGAGCCUCACAAGGGUGUAGAAGUUGUUGUCUUUAAUGACGAUGAAGAGGAUUGCAGCGAUAUUGAUGGUGGAAAUAAUGAUGUUGGCGAUGUUGGUGUUGGUGACGUUGGGGGUGCUGAUGGCAUCAAACGUAAUGAAAAUGACGAUGAUGCGCAGGAUCAGGUUUUCAAGAGUUUUUUGAACAUAAAUAUGUCCAACUUGAAUCAAACAAUUGAUGAGAAUUAUUAUCGUCGUCAUGCUCGUCAGCAAUCUGGCCAGUUGUACCUCGUCAAAAUGGCUGAAGUUGAUGAUGCCGAUGUUUAUGGUACAGAGGACGAUGGGAAAAAUAGAGGACGCUCUGAUUAUUAUGUCAGCAGCAGUAGAACAAGUUGUGCUAAUAACGAUGGCGAUGGUCUCACUAAGUUUGCAGUCAGAGACUUUGACGAAGAAACUUAUUGAUCAGUUUUGAAUAAUAUUACUUGUUAAGACUUUGUUACUGACAUUUUAACUAAUAAUAUUAAUGAAAUAAUUGAGAAAUCACACCAUCAAAAUAUUCUCGCAUUUUUAUGAACAAACUGUUUCUAUUUUAACCAAUCAUCUUGUUUUAUCUCAGCCAAUAGCUUCCUAAAACGUCACAUAUUAGAAAUAAAGGUAUGUCCUGGGACACUUAACAUAUCAAACCAUAUUUCAAUUAAAUUUCCGCUUAACACGUUAUCAUACGCAGUUUCAAAUAUUUGUAUCAUUUUAAAAGCAAUCGUACAAAGCUUUUAUUUUGCAUGCAUUUAAGAUUAUUUAGUGUAUGAGGUGGUGGUUCUAAUUGAAGUUUUGUAAUAUGUUUUAUAACGGGUAUAUAUAUAUAUAUAUAUAUAUAUAUAUAUAUGAUAUGUUGAAAGGAGACCAUAUUUUAUACAGUACUAUAUGAAUUCUACAGAAUACCAAUUCGGUAGAAUUCAUACAAUACUGUAUGUAUAUAUAUAUAUAUAUAUAACUAUUUUUCUGUUGUUCUGUUGUAUUUCAUCAUCACUUUUUUUAUAUAUAUAUGGAGUGAUAUAAUUUUUUAAUAAUAUUAGCAACAACGAUAUUACGUAUGAUUUGAUUUAAACUGAAGAAUACCUUUUUGUCGUUCCU